GCUUCGCGAGCGUCGGCACCGAAAUAACACCGAACCGAAGCUGGGAGGAAGCCCCCGGCGGGGCGGGAUUGGGGCUGAGCCCCCUGUGCCCCUGACUGGGAAUCGCGGGCAGGACGUUCCGGUGGAGCCGAGCCCCAGGAGCCCAACUCCCUGGUGCCCGGGUUGGUGCCACCGCUGCCGGCAGGGAAUGGCCGUCGUGCUCGAGCUGUACUGAGCCGUGCCCGAGCCGAGCCGAGCCGUCCCCGUGCCGUACCCGCCCCCGGGCGCGCCUCCUCGGCGGCGCGGGAGGAGGCGGCGCGGAGCAUCGGCGGCGCCCGGGCGGGGAUGGCGGCUCCGGGAGCGCUGGAGCCGGCGGCCGGCAGCGUGCCGGGCACCAAGGUGGAGCUCACCGUGUCCUGCCGGAACCUGCUGGACAUGGACACCUUCUCCAAGUCCGACCCAGUGGUGGUCCUCUUUGUGCAGGUCUCGGGGAGCAGCGAGUGGAAGGAGUUUGGACGCACCGAGGUGAUCGACAACACCCUGAACCCUGACUUUGUCCGCAAGUUCGUCCUCGACUACUACUUUGAGGAGAAGCAAAACCUUCGCUUCGAUGUCUACAACGUGGACUCCAAGAGCUGCUCCGCCUUAAAGCAGAAGGACUUCCUGGGGCAGGCAUUUGUGGCCCUGGGAGAGGUGAUUGGAUCCCAGCGGGGACGCCUGGAGAGACCCCUAACGGGUGUCCCAGGGAAGCGGUGUGGGACUAUCUUGCUGCUGGCUGAGGAACUGAGCAACUGCCGGGACAUCGUCACAAUGCAGCUGUGUGCCAACAAGCUGGAUAAGAAGGACUUCUUUGGAAAAUCCGAUCCUUUCCUCGUCUUCUAUCGUAGCAAUGAGGAUGGCACCUUUACUAUCUGCCAUAAGACAGAGGUGGUGAAGAACACACUCAACCCAGUGUGGCAGCCCUUCACCAUCCCCGUGCGUGCCCUCUGCAACGGCGACUACGACCGGACGGUGAAGAUAGAUGUGUACGACUGGGAUCGGGAUGGGAGCCACGACUUCAUUGGGGAAUUUGCCACCAGCUACCGGGAGCUCUCUCGAGCACAGAGUCAGUUCACAGUGUAUGAGGUGCUGAAUCCCAGGAAGAAAUGCAAGAAGAAGAAAUAUGUGAAUUCUGGCACUGUGACACUGCUCUCCUUCUCUGUUGAGUCUGAGUUUACCUUCGUUGACUACAUACGGGGCGGGACGCAGCUGAAUUUCACUGUUGCCAUUGACUUCACGGCCUCCAAUGGGUUGCCAUCACAGCCCACCUCGCUGCACUAUGUGAGCCCCUACCAGCUGAGCGCCUAUGCCCUGGCAUUGAAGGCAGUGGGGGAAAUCAUCCAGGACUACGACAGUGACAAGCUCUUCCCUGCCUAUGGCUUUGGUGCCAAAGUCCCACCUGAUGGCAAGAUCUCCCACCAGUUUCCUCUGAACAACAAUGUGGAGAACCCCAGCUGUGCCGGCAUUGAAGGCGUGCUGGAGUCCUACCUCCAAAGCCUGCGCACCGUCCAGCUCUAUGGUCCUACCAACUUUGCUCCUGUCAUCAACCAGGUGGCUGGGAUAGCCGCCCAGGUGACCGAUGGCUCACAAUACCAUGUCCUCCUCAUCAUCACUGACGGUGUCAUCUCUGACAUGCUGCAGACCAAGGAAGCCAUUGUCACUGCUUCCUCCCUGCCCAUGUCCAUCAUCAUCGUGGGAGUAGGUCCAGCUGAGUUUGAGGCCAUGGAGGAGCUGGACGGUGAUGAGGUACGGUUGUCUUCCCGGGGACGGUAUGCUGAGAGGGACAUUGUACAGUUUGUGCCAUUUCGGGAUUAUGUGGACGACUCAGGCAACCAAGUGCUGAGCAUGGCCCGCCUGGCCAAGGAUGUGCUGGCUGAGAUCCCUGAGCAGCUGCUCUCUUACAUGAAGACCCGUGACAUCAAGCCUCGCCGGGCAGAUCCCGAGUAGCUCUUCCAUGAGCCAUGGGACUGACUGGUGGGGCGCGGAUCUGUUACCUUUUUUCUGCCGGUGGCCAGGGCUUAACUAUAGAGAUGUGGCCCCUUUAGGGAGAUAAUCAGCUGCUAUGGUUGGUCAAAACAGGACUGGGACCCGCUUCUGGCAGUAAGACCACAGGGCUGGACAUCCUCGGCUGCCCCUUCCUCCUGCCCGAUGUCCAGCAGUAAGGCGGGACUGUCCCUCGACCCUGGCAGUGCGGGCAGGGCCAGCGCCGCGGGGAACAUGGUGUGUGCCAUGGUGUGCGUGUCCCUGGAGAGCAGCCUGGCCUUUGCCCCAGGGGAAGGCUGACCCUGAGUGCCGGCCGGGGGUCUCAGCCGGGCCGCUGCUCCUUAGGGCAGUGGCCUCGCCCUGCUCCUGCCUGCACCCCAUUCCUGCCUGCACCCCGCUCCUGCCUGUGCCCUCUCCUCCGGCUCUGCUAACCCGGCUGGCCGGCCUGCCUCAUGCCCUGCCGCACGGCCGGGGCUCCCGCCGCCGGGGGGUGCCGGGGCGGAGGGCAGGCGGGUCUCUACUGCGUUACCGACUGUAAAUAAACUGCUCAACUGGA